AUUCUCGGUCGUGAGAAGAUGUAUGAAAAUUACGACGGGACAAGAAUAUGCUGCCAAAAUUAUCAACACCAAAAAGCUGUCGGCUAGGGAUCACCAGAAACUGGAAAGGGAAGCUAGAAUCUGUCGCCUCUUGAAGCAUCCCAAUAUUGUGCGGCUUCAUGACAGCAUAUCAGAAGAAGGAUUCCAUUACUUAGUCUUUGACUUAGUCACUGGAGGUGAACUGUUUGAAGAUAUAGUUGCAAGAGAAUAUUACAGUGAAGCAGAUGCCAGUCAUUGUAUACAGCAGAUUCUAGAAAGUGUUAAUCAUUGUCACCUAAAUGGCAUAGUGCACAGAGACCUGAAGCCUGAGAACUUGCUUUUAGCUAGCAAAUCCAAAGGAGCAGCAGUAAAACUGGCAGACUUUGGGUUGGCUAUAGAAGUGCAAGGAGAACAACAAGCUUGGUUUGGCUUUGCUGGUACUCCAGGAUACCUUUCUCCAGAGGUGUUACGUAAAGAUCCCUAUGGAAAACCUGUGGAUAUGUGGGCUUGUGGUGUCAUUCUCUAUAUCCUUCUGGUAGGAUAUCCUCCCUUCUGGGAUGAAGACCAGCACAGACUCUACCAGCAGAUCAAAGCCGGUGCUUAUGAUUUUCCGUCACCAGAGUGGGAUACAGUGACUCCUGAAGCAAAAGACCUUAUCAAUAAAAUGCUUACAAUUAACCCAGCAAAACGUAUCACAGCAUCAGAAGCGCUAAAGCAUCCAUGGAUCUGUCAACGUUCUACUGUUGCCUCUAUGAUGCACAGACAAGAGACAGUAGAUUGCUUGAAGAAAUUCAAUGCAAGAAGAAAACUAAAGGGAGCCAUUCUGACCACUAUGCUGGCUACCAGAAAUUUCUCAGCUAAGAGUUUGCUGAAAAAGCCAGAUGGAGUCAAGAAAAGGAAGUCCAGUUCGAGUGUUCAGAUGAUGAUAAACAACAAAACCAACGUGGUAACCAGCCCCAAGGAAAAUAUUCCUACCCCGGCGCUGGAGCCCCAAACUACAGUAAUCCACAACCCUGAUGGAAAUAAGGAAUCAACGGAGAGCUCCAAUACAACCAUUGAAGAUGAAGAUGUGAAAGCUCGUAAGCAAGAGAUUAUCAAGGUUACCGAGCAGUUGAUUGAAGCUAUCAACAACGGGGACUUUGAAGCUUACACAAAAAUCUGCGAUCCAGGCCUUACGUCCUUUGAACCCGAAGCUUUGGGUAACCUAGUAGAAGGGAUGGACUUUCACCGGUUCUACUUUGAAAAUGCUUUAUCCAAAAGUAACAAGCCAAUCCACACCAUUAUCCUCAAUCCUCAUGUCCACCUUGUGGGUGACGAUGCCGCCUGCAUUGCGUAUAUACGGCUAACACAGUACAUGGAUGGAAGCGGGAUGCCAAAGACUAUGCAGUCAGAGGAGACACGGGUCUGGCACCGUCGGGAUGGCAAGUGGCAGAACGUUCACUUCCACCGUUCAGGGUCACCAACAGUACCUAUCAAUGCCUAGCACAGCGGAAUCCCAGUUGUGACUUCGGCCCCUAGAUGCUACGCUAAAAAUCUCAGCGGUGCCGCUCUUGCACUCUCUGUACCCAGCGCGCCUGGUUGAUUACCGUCUUGGCCAUCCUGUUCUCUUCAUGCAUGUUUCUGAGUGCAUGAAGUUGUGAAGGUUCUUCAUGUAACACAUUUGUGAUGCACCGUUUUGCUGCAUAUUCCAUCUGUACACUGUUAACAUUUCAAUGAAGGUGAUGUUCCAUGCAAAUAGAAAAUAGYGAGGCAUAAACGUCAAACAUUUGGUGUACAGCAGUAGAUAUAGGAGACAUUUGUCUUUUUUUUUUUCUCCACUUAUGCCAAGUUUUGACGGAUGACUUUAAAAGUUAUCCCGUUUAUAAAAAAGGAACAAGAAAAAAAAAAACAAAAAAAWACCCUCUCGCAAAAAUACAUAGACCCUCUUUUUUUAAGAACUGUUUUUUGACUCUUCCUUAAUCCCUAGAUUCUUGAAUUUUGCUUCAGUUCUGAAAGAAAGGGAUAGGUUUUACAUUGACAGCUGUAUUACUGUAAAACAGAUUUUUACUACGGCAUGUAAAUGGACAAAAUCACUGGUAAAUGUGGAAUGAUCAUAUCUUGGCUUUGUUCCAGCUGAAGCCUUCYUAGUUAUUAGUCUGUGUAAACUGGAAAAAUCUCCUCAUUUGCUGGUGUGGUCAGUUCUCAGUUAACUGGUAGUGAUCUGGCUGGUCAGCAACUUCUUUCAUUUUUUUUCCUCUUUUUUUCUUUGAGCCUUCACCUUUGCUUUCUUACUAUGCURUUUGAAAAUUUAUAUUGGAUGAUAAAGCAAAAUUAAAAAUUGUUAGGAACUAAGUGGUGAUUGAGAGGCAGAUUUUGAAUGUUAAAACAGAUAAAGAAAAACAGAAUUUUAUUGCUUUUAGGGUGUAUUGUAAAUUUGAGGAGGCUUUAGAACAUUUAAAAAUUUUGUUUAAAAUAUAGUCCAGUUGUGUGGUUAGUAUAUUAUAGAAUAUUAGGCCUUAAAAGUUUAGCAUGAAAAGUUUAUUUACUUUCCAAUAUAGUUGUUGCUUUUCUGGAAGUAUGUUAUGAAUACACCAGAUUUCUAAUAAACCCAUAACACUUUACCACAGGGUUAUUUCUUCCCCUUCCUUUCUCUUCCUCCCUACCGCCCAGUUUGCUCUUGACUUGUGAAAAUCAUUGUGCAGUGGACACCGUUAAGGUCAACAUUUUUUUUGCAGCAUUACCAAUUUGUUUUAGAUUUUUAUUUGUUGCUGCAAAAAUCUGUGCACUGUGCAGGAAAUGCUUUCUUGUCAGUUUAGAWGAGAAAUUUUCUUACAGGGACUAUGUUUGCUUCCCUUACGUAUCUGUGAAAGUAUAUUCUUGCAAGCAUUUAGAUUUAUUCCCUUUCAAUUUUAAUAGAAAAAUAGAGGGAUUUAUUAUUUCUCUUUUUUUUUUUCAUUUGUUAAUUGUUUUAUUACCAACAGGACUAACUGUUUUCUGCAGCUCUGUAUAGUGCAUGGUAUCUCAGUCAAUGUUCUUUUUAGGAGGUAACAAUUUGCAACUCUGCAGCUGGAAGUUUCUAAAAUGGAAGAGCUUCUUGAUUUGUAUAAUUUCAUGUUUCUGUAUUGAUUACUGAUCAAAAGCAGUUCUUAAACAUUUUGG